AUGGCUAAAGACAGAGUGGAAAGGUGGUCGCGAUUCCUGCUCCUUUGGCUCUAUCGGAUAGCCCGGUGUCUGUCCCUACUCUCGGCCAAGUUGGACAGGGAGAGGCUCCAGUUGCGGGAACCCAAACGUGGCGGUAGCAAUCGUAUCCUUAGCAUCCUGUGGCGCUGUCUAGUGGUCCUCAUUUAUGCAGGGGUUUGGUCCACACUCUCAGAACAGUUUCUGGGCACCACACCCGAAAGUUAUGCCGAUCUCUUUGCCAUGCUCCAGGCUCUGUCAGUUUCGAUUUUGGCCGUCGUAUCCUUUAUCAUCCAGGCAAAGGGCGAGAAUAAAUUCUGUGGGGUGUUAAAUAGAUACUUAGCGCUGUAUCAAAGGAUAUGUAAAGCCACACGAUUGCAGCAGUUGAUUCCCUCGAAAUUUGUGGUUUUCUUUUUGCUAAAAUUAUUCCUCACGCUAUGCGGUUGCCUGCACGAAUUGAUACCCCUUUUGAGUGUCGAGAAUUAUGCGGAAAUAUUUGAAAUCGUGUCCAUUGUCUUUGGCAUGUACAUGUGGUUGGGCACACUUUUCGUCCUGGAUACCUGCUUCCUGGGAUUUCUUGUCUCCGGCAUCCUGUACGAGCACAUGGCCGAUAAUAUAAAGGCCAUGUUGAGGAGAAUGGAACCAAUUGAGACACAGGAACGUAUGAGUAAUUAUCGCAGGAUGCGACUCCUUUGCGAUUAUUCCGAUGAGUUGGAUGAAUGUGCUGCCAUUUACAGUGAACUCUAUGAAGUUACUCUGGCUUUCAGGAAGAUGUUACAAUGGCAAAUCCUAUUUUAUGUCUACUAUAACUUUAUAAACAUUUGCCUUAUGCUAUAUCAGUGUAUUUUGCGUUAUCUCAACGAGGAUGAAAUGGCUUUGGUAUCCUUGGUCAUGGCUUCAAUUAAGUUGGCCAAUUUGGUGCUUCUGAUUAUGUGUGCGGAUUACACGGUUAGAGAGUCCCAGAAGCCCAAAAGGUUGCCUUUGGAUAUAGUUUGCACCGAUAUGGAUCAGCGUUGGGAUAAGAGUGUGGAAACCUUUUUGGCUCAGCAACAAACCCAACGUUUGGAGAUCAAAGUCUUGGGUUUCUUUCACCUGAACAAUGAAUUUAUCCUUAUGAUCCUAUCUGCCAUUAUAUCAUAUCUCUUUAUACUGCUACAGUUUGGCAUAACAGGUGGCUUCGAGGCUUCCGACGAAUUAAAGAGUCAGUUUCAGCCAGAAAGCAGGAAUUAUAAUAUUGGACAUUAG